AUGCACUACCUCCUCGCAUUGACCCCGCUUUUGUCCCUUGCGGACGCCACCUUCAUCCGCAAAUGGAACCUAGGAGGCUGUGGCUCAUCAACAUCAAUGCGCUGCAACAGAAUCCCCUCCGGACGAUGCUGCGCGACCGGACGACCAACGGGAGGCAGUGUCCGCAUCGCCAACAUGCCCUCAUACGUAGACCUCGCCGUCCCCUACGACGGCAACCGAGCCGCCGACAUGAUGGGCAACCACCAACUCGGCCACUGCAGCCGAGUCCGCUUCAGCGAUACCCAAUUCGGCGACUUGAACUGCCUGACCCGCAACAACCUAGGCACCGGAAUUUGGAUCGCAUGUGCGAGCAGGGCUUCUGCUAGAAAUUGCAUCAGCAUGCAUAGCCAUCCGAAACGGGACGUUGACGGCUUCUCGACCCUCGAUCUUGCCAAUUUUCCGGAUCAGGGUCAGCCGGGAUACGUCGACGAUGAAGAAGCUGCUCUGCAUUAA